AGCAUCUCGUGGUCUGGUGAGGUUGGCGCUCCGCCCGGCCGGAGCUUUUUCGGGACCGAUCCCGAGGAGACUGGGUGCGCCGAGGGAACAGGACUACUGGGAGUCGGUCCGACCUGCACUUGUAGACGUUCUCUCAGCUAUGCAGCAGUGUAGGAGAGAAGGUGAGGAUGGAGACACCAAAAACCUCCAGAGCUAACAGCACCCCCUUCACCACACCCAAGAGGAUGCACGUGAUCCAGGUGGACUCGGUGCAGCGGUGGAUGGACGACCUGCGUCACAUGACCGAGGUGGAGUGCAUGUGUGUGCUGCAGUCCAAGCCGCUGGCGAUGGACGAAGAUUCUCCGAGCGAACUCAUCGUACCCGGUUCGGGCGCAGCCGGCGAUCACGUGACCCGCGACAACCUGCAGACGCUCCUGAAGAGGGCGCUGGUGGUCAGCACCGAGCUGGGUAAAAUGUUCCAGCGGUUAGAGAAGGGUCGGUGGCAGCGGGUCCACAGCGCCGCCGUCAGGGCGAACUGUCACGUGCGCUCACUGGUGCACGAGUGUGGAGCUCAGAGGGGCAACAACAGCCAACUGCACAAGUAUGAGACGUCUCUGUUGGAGAAGUGUACUGAGCUCACCGUUAUAACUGAGAGGUGUCUUCACACCGAUGAUGAAUAUUUCCUCAAGUCCAUGAAGGAAGCCAUUCACCAGAUCCUCACUGACGUCAGCGAGUCCUUCAGCAUGAUGAUCGACACCGCCUUAGCCAACGAAAUACAGGUUCUGAUCAGACAGGUGGAGGAAUCAGACGACGUCUUCCUCAUCGAGAACGCCAUCAACAACCUGCUGUCUCUGACUCAGGACGGACCGCAGCUCUGCACCAUCAUCGCCAAGGAGGGAGCAGUGGUAGCUCUGUUGAAGAUCUGCAGGCAGGACUGUUUCAGUUCUCUUUACGCUCCUGCACUCAGAACCGUCGCCUCCAUUUGCUGUGUGGAGGAAGGAAUCACCCAGCUGGAGAAGGUAGACGGCGUGCUGUGUUUAGCUGAUAUUCUAACAGAUGAGAGCUGCUGUACUGAAGCGGCGAGAGCUGAAGCGGCGGCGGUUGUAGCUCAGAUCACGUCUCCUCAUCACACCACCACCCAACAUCUCAGCAGCUUCAUCGAGAGCAUGCAGGACAUCGUCUCCGCCCUCAUCAAGCUGUGUGAGACGGCGUCGUGUGGAGAGGUGUUCCUGUUAGCGUCGGCGGCGCUGGCUAACAUCACCUUCUUCGAUAGUUUAGCGUGUGAGAUCCUGCUGCAGCUGAAUGCCGUGCACAUCCUCCUCUCGGCCUGCAGGGACCGCCAGAGAGUCGACACCCCCUACUCUAAAGACCAGGUCGUCACCAUUUUGGCGAACCUGUCGGUGUUGGAGCAGACCGCCCCGGAGGUCCUACAGGAGAACGGAAUUGAGCGGUUGCUGGUGCUGCUGGGAGAGAAACCUUCCUCCUCCAGUCCAUCAGAGGGCGCCGCGUGCGAGCGAGUUCAGCAGAAAGCCGCCGUCACGCUGGCGCGCCUGAGCCGAGACCCUGACGUCGCACAAGCCGCCAUCGAGCUGCAGGCUGUACCGCGUCUCAUCCAGCUGUGCCGAACACCAGCCGAGAGGAACAGCAGCGACUCUGUACUGGUGGCCUGUCUGGCCGCUCUGAGGAGACUCGCAGCCGCCUGUCCGGAUCUCAUCGACCCGUCGGACCAUCAGCAGCUGAUCAAACCCAGACUGGUGGAUUCGUUCCUGCUCUGCUCCAACAUGGAGGAGAGUUUCGUCUGAUACACCGCCGGACCCAGAACAAAGAACCUGAACCAGAACAAAGAACCUGAACCAGAACAAAGAACCUGAACCAGAACCAGAACAAAGAACCAGAACAUAAAAACUGAACCAGAACAAAGAACUGGACCAGAACCUGAACAAAAAUAAACAGAACCACAACAAAGAGCCUAAACCAGAACUUGAAUAAACAGAACCUGAUCCAGAACCAAAAAACUUAACUUGAACCAGAACAAAGAACCAGAACCAGGACAAAAACUGAACCAGAAGCAGAAAAAUGAACCAGAACCCGGUUAAACAAAAGAACUGAACCAAAACAGAAAACUGAACCAGAUCAUAACAUCACCUUCUUCGAUAGUUUAGCGUGUGAGAUCCUGCUGCAGCUGAAUGCCGUGCACAUCCUCCUCUCGGCCUGCAGGGACCGCCAGAGAGUCGACACCCCCUACUCUAAAGACCAGGUACUGACCUGACCACGCCCUCAAAGAACUGAACCGGAACCAGAGACAGAAUCAGACAUUUAGGCAGAACCAGGUCCAAAACCUACACAAAAGGGAAGAUGACACCUAGAACCUGAACCAGAACCAAAAACAAAACACCAAUCCGACUAAAACCAGAAAUAAAACAAGGCCGUGACUAGAACCUGAAGUGGACCAGGAACCAAAACUAUAAAAAAGAUCCAGAAUAUAAAACCGGAACCAGUGAUCAGAUCAGGGUCCAAAACUGGAACAGUAAGCAAAAUAAAAUCCAACAGAACCGGAACCAGUCCGAGAAGCACAAACACUAACAGGAACUUCAGAUACAGUACACAAAAGAACCAGAACCAGAACCGGGUCGGUGUAUCAGUGGAACCACGACAAACUCUUGUUUAAUCAGAAGAGAAAAUAUGGGACAUCAAACACGCUCUCCAUCAGGCGUCUAAAUACUUUUGGUCAUAUAAUAAUAUAAUAAUAAUAUAAUGCAUUUCUAACGUUACAGGAUUCAUUUUUAUUAUCACAUGAUUUUAAUUCUGACACAAAAUUACUGCAGAGUUACAGAGGAAUGUAAAGAAUUUUAUUAAGAGCUGAUUUUAAUGUAAAGAUUAUAAUAUAAACA